UGCUGCAAAUAAACUCAACGACGGAGAUUUAUCGGAAGAAAAAUUGCGUGAAAUAAUUGUUAAGGAUUUGACCGAUAUCAAGUCGAAACUCGACUGUCUGUCGCUUAAUAAGGAUCUCUAUGCCAGUUAUAGUUUCCUGGAAGAAAGUGUGGAAUUGUUGAAUCUUGCCAUUGAUAAGUCAAAUGAAGAUCAGAAAGCGAGCGAGGGUCCAGCAGACGAAGCAACAAGAGAUAUGAAUGAUACAGCAUCUGGUAUUUCGAACGCAGCCUUAUCACUUCCUCAAGCGAUUCGAAAAUUGAAAAUCUCGUCCUAUAAGCGGUUCGCUUGUGCUCGGGAUUGUUUCAAAGCAUCUCGUGAGGCAGCCACGCUUGCUUUCAGCAACAAAUCUCUGAGCAUCAAAGAUCGGAUUAUGGCUUGCAAGUUACGUGUGGCAGCUAGUAUUCUUGAAUUGGGUCUUGAAAACCCGGAAGCCGCAACUACUGCCUGCUUGUUGUCACUUAAAGACCUACAUGCUUUACCAGCAAUCCAAGAAAUGUUCGCAGUUUUUCUCAAGGGAGGACCGAAAUCAAUGCUGAGGAAAGCUGAACGUUUAGAAAACAUAAUGCCUGUUUUGUUCAUCAAUCAUGCUUUAUAUGAUUUUUCUUCCAAGUAUAGCAGUAAAUCUCCCAACCCAUUUACCUGGCCUGGAAUAGAGUUGAAGGAUCGUACAUUUCAUCCAAUCCUAAACACACCUGAGAUGGUGAUGAAGGCGUCUAGUAGUGAAGAAUUGGUCCAACAACUGAAUUGA